AUGGGAAGCGCCGAGGAGGCCCGGGCCGUCCUGCAGAGCCUCUUCCACCCUCACCUCCCCCUCGGGGAAGGCCCCGAUGAAGAGGAGGAGGAGGGGGAGGGGGAGGAAGAGCCGCUUCAAGGGGAAGCCUUCGCGCCGGACGUGCUGGAAGAAGCACGGGCGCUGGAGCUGCAGGGCAUCGCCGCCGCUGAGGCGGGGGACCCCGAGGCGGCCCUCGAGAGCUUCAGCCGCGCCAUUCAGCUGCUCCCGGCCCGAGCCUCCCCCUACAACAACCGCGCGCAGGCCCGGCGCCUCCAGGGGGACGUCGAGGGCGCCCUGGCAGACCUGGCGGCCGCGCUGGAGCGGAGCGCGGGGACGGGGCGGGCGGGGCGGCAGGCCUUGGUGCAGCGGGGGCUCAUCCGGCGGCUGCAGGGGGACGACGAGGCCGCCCGGCAGGACUUCGCGCAGGCCGCCCGCCUGGGGAGCCCCUUCGCCCGCCGCCAGCUGCUGCUCCUCAACCCCUACGCCGCCCUCUGCAACCACAUGCUGGCCGCCGCCCUCCGCAAGCUGCGAGGCCCCCCCGACGCCGCGCCCUGA